AUGUAUUUCUGGAGACGCAAAGACCCGAUCAUCCUUCCCACACCCUAUGUCCUAAGUCCAAGUGGAAAGUUCGAAGGCAACGAUGGAAAAUGGUCGACGUUCGUUAUAAACAUCGGAGACGACGGAAAGAACCAAAGCAAUGGCCAGAAUUUCCGGGUACUCAUCUCGACGUCCUUGGGGACCACUCUCGUCCCGCAGCAGACGGAAUGGUGUUCGGACGAAACGUGUGCAGAAAGCCGUGGUAUUAUGCCUUUCGAAGGUAGUCAGUCUCGAGGAUUCGAUGACAGCAAAUCAUCACAAUGGCAAACGGCAGGCACAUUCAACAUUCCACUCCCACCAUGGUACAUAGACCAGUUGCAGUUGGACAGCGACGGCAAUAGCACAAAGCCCGCAGCGGUAUGGGGGGUGGAUUCAGUUGGUCUAGGUGAAACCUCACCACAAAGCCUAGUCCUCUCUGAUCAAUAUGUUGUCAAGUACACAGUCGGCAAUUUCUAUCUGGGAUCCCUAGGUCUGGCUGUGGGAAGAACCGGAGCCUCUGGUGCAACGAGGCCAAAUUUCAUCGAGAAUAUGUACGGUAGUGCGCAUAGGAUCGCUAGUCGAUCUUUUGGAUAUACGGCCGGAGCGUAUUAUCGCAACAACAAUAACGGUGUUCCGGGCAAUUUGGUUUUGGGUGGAUAUGACAGAUCGCGGUUGACGGACCAAAGCGUAUCCAUCGCGAUGCCAAGCGCCCAAAACACUUCACUCGCUGUUGGUGUCAAUUCUAUCCUUUAUAAGCCCGACCAAAACGUCGAAGCCAACACUAUAUCUUUCACCCAACGAGGGUUCCCAGCCACGAUCGAUUCGACAUUCCCGUACCUCAUCCUGCCGGACGAAAUCAUCGAUAGCUUCGUUUCAAACUUCAGCCUGGGGUAUGACGAAACUAGCAAAUUAUUCACCGUCAACACUUCUUCGCAUGCGAACAAUCUCCGCGCAAAUGCUGAGGUCAUAAUGAAGAUCAGUGCAAGCGCAGACACGGACAGCAACGAUUUCGUAUCUAUCGUACUACCAUAUGCUGCUUUCGAUCUGCAAGCAGAUUUCCCACUCUUUUCCAACCAAACGAGCUACUUUCCCAUUCGGCGAUCAGAAAAUGAACAGUUCGUUCUCGGCCGCGCUUUCCUCCAAGAGGCAUACAUUAUCGUCGACUAUGAACACCAGAAUUUUACCGUCGCCCCUGCCGUGUUUGAACAGCCAAUGCCAAAACCCAGUCUAGUCACAAUCUUCGAUAGGUCAUAUACACUACCAACGGCUCAAGACAACAAUGACGGGGGUGAACUGUCAUCAGGAGCCAUUGCAGGAAUUGUAGUUGGUAUCGUGGCUGUUUUCAUCAUUGCGGCACUUGGCAUCUUCUUUCUUUGGAAAAAACGUCGGGCCUCGAAGAAAAGUAUGGAUCACACGCCAAAUCCAUCCGAAAUCGACACGACUUUUGCUGGAAACGAGAUCAAGUAUCGCCGUGUCUCAGAGCUCACUGGAUCCGACGCUCCCUACUCCCCAAAGAGCUCAAUUCCUGGCUAUUAUGAGCCCAAUCACAAGUCUGUUCAUCCUAUUAAUGAGUUAUCCCCUGAUAGUACUCCAGCGGAACUCUACAGUCCUCCGCCACAUAGCGGCGAUACUAUGGACUACUUUGCGACGGCGAAACGUGGAGACCCAUCCGGCAACGAAACUCCGCGAACUCCCAUUGCAGAACUAUCAGGAGAAGACGCGAUACGAUCAAUUCCCGAUAAAAAGGGGGAUGCGCCGAACGCUACACAAAGACCUCCGCAUAGUCGAAGCCCUAGUGAUAGCAAUAUUGACGAAGUAUUAGCGAACAAUGGAGCAUCAGGGGCGGAGGGUAGUGCUGAUAAGACUGCAGCAGGGGUGGAACCAGCAGCGCCGGUUACCACGGAGGAGCCAGAAGCACAGCCUGAAGGUGUCGAGCAAACGAACGAGCCUGGAAUGGAGCGACGACCAUCGCACACAAGAGGAUUAAGCGACGUGACAAUCCAGAGCGACAGCACAGCGGUCUCGCAGCCAACACCAGAAGAACUCGAGAGCUGGGCGAGAAGCGAGGACAAUCGACCAAUUCGACCCAUGUCUCCAUGA